AUGCGACUUAUUUUAGCGCAUCUGACUUGGAACUCUGACAUGGAGCUGGCGGAAGAAAGCCGUGGAUGGGUAGAGAAACAGAAGGUUUAUAGCCUUUGGGGAAAAGGUCCUCUGAAGGUUCACCUGAGCCCAGUCUAG